AAUAAGGGCUUGCACAGCCUGGGCCCCACCCAUGCCUGGCCUGCUCCCCCAGCUGCAUCUCAGACCACUUUAUCAAUAGCCCUCUGUGCUUGAGGCAUGCUGCUCGCUUCCUCCUCAGGGCCUUUGCACAUGCUCUUCUAGACUGCUCCUCCUCCCUCAUCUCCCUUUUUGCAGAUUAAGACCUCCUCGUGCUUCAGAUCUGUGCCAACCUAGACUUGCAUUCCAAGUACCCCAAGCCACAAGACAUCCUGAGGCCUCCUCCGGGUCCCACAGCGUAUGGACCCACAGGCUGGUUUUUCUGGUUUGCUCCCCAGGGCAAUUUGCAUAUUUCUCUGAAGAAUCAUCAAGAAGCUGAAAGCCUGUUUUCAGACUUAGAGAGAGGGGAGGCCCACAGUUGUUUCUUGAAAUUAAGGGCUGGGAAUGGCCAGAAGGGGCAGAUGGGGCUGCAGGCUGCCUCAGGUGGCCGAGCCAGCUGUGGAGGGGGAGCCACAUCUGCCCACGGGCCGGGACCUGACCGAGGCCAACCGCUUCGCCUACGCCGCCCUGUGUGGCGUCUCCCUGUCCCAGCUAUUUCCAGAACCUGAGCAAAGGUCCUUCUGCACAGAGUUUGUGGCGGGCCUGGUGAAGUGGCUGGAGUUGUCCGAAGCCGUCUUGCCAACCAUGACAGCUUUUGCCAGCGGCCUGGGCGGCGAAGGAGCAGAUGUGUUUGCUCAGAUUUUGUUGAAGGACCCCAUCUUGAAGGACGACCCAUUGGUGAUCCUUCAGGACCUUCUGAGCUUCUCCCUCAAGGAUGGGCGCUAUGACGCGCGGGCCCGAGUCCUCGUUUGCCACAUGACCUCCCUCCUCCAAGUGCCCUUGGGGGAGCUGGAUCUCCUUGAAGAGACAUUCCUUGAGAGCCUGAAGGAAACCAAAGAGGAGGAAUCUGAAACGGCCGAGGCAUCCCGGAAGAAGAAAGAAAACCGGAGGAAAUGGAAGCGCUAUCUCCUGAUAGGCCUGGCGACUGUCGGAGGCGGGACAGUGAUCGGCGUGACGGGGGGUCUGGCUGCCCCUCUUGUUGCCGCUGGAGCUGCGACAAUCAUUGGCAGUGCCGGGGCAGCCGCUCUGGGCUCCGUGGCCGGCAUAGCCGUCAUGACCUCGCUGUUUGGAGCAGCUGGAGCUGGCCUGACAGGCUACAAGAUGAAGAAGCGUGUUGGGGCCAUUGAAGAGUUCACGUUUCUGCCUCUAACGGAGGGCAGGCAGCUGCACAUCACCAUCGCCAUCACGGGGUGGCUGGCGUCUGGCAAAUACCGCACCUUCAGCGCUCCGUGGGCUGCCCUGGCCCGCAGCCGCGAGCAGUACUGCCUGGCCUGGGAGGCCAAGUACCUGAUGGAGCUUGGCAACGCCCUGGAGACCAUCCUCAGUGGUCUUGCCAACAUGGUGGCCCAGGAAGCCCUCAAGUACACAGUGUUGUCUGGCAUUGUGGCUGCCCUGACCUGGCCAGCCUCACUCCUCGCUGUCGCCAAUGUCAUCGACAACCCCUGGGGGGUGUGUCUCCAUCGAUCAGCAGAGGUUGGCAAGCACCUCGCCCACAUCCUGCUCUCCCGGCAGCAGGGCCGGCGACCUGUCACCUUGAUUGGCUUCAGCCUGGGAGCCAGAGUCAUCUACUUCUGUCUGCAGGAGAUGGCUCAGGAGAAAGAUUGCCAAGGGAUCAUCGAGGACGUCGUGCUGCUGGGUGCGCCCGUGGAGGGAGAAGCCAAGCACUGGGAGCCUUUCCGGAAGGUGGUAUCUGGGAGGAUCAUCAACGGCUACUGCAGGGGGGACUGGCUGCUGAGUUUCGUGUACCGCACGUCCUCGGUGCAGCUCCGCGUCGCCGGCCUGCAGCCCGUGCUGCUGCAGGACAGGAGGGUGGAGAACGUGGACCUGUCCUCCGUCGUCAGCGGCCACUUGGACUACGCCAAGCAGAUGGACGUCAUCCUGAAGGCUGUGGGCAUCCGCACCAAGCCAGGCUGGGACGAAAAGGGGCUCUCGCUGGCCCCAGGCAGCCUCCCCCAAGAGGAGCCUCGCCAGGCAGCAGUCGCCGCCACCUCAGACAAGACCACCCCCCAGGAUGGGCAGGCCCGGGGUCCUGCUCCCGGAUACACCCCCAAAGUGGCCACAGCCGCUGACCCCAGCCACACCCAGGUGCCAACAGGGCUGGACCAAUCUGAAGGGGCCUCCCUUGCUGCUGCUGCCAGCCCCACUGAGAGCCCCCCGACCUGCAGCCAUGGUGUGGGCCCCAACCCACUGGGCUGCCCCGACUGUGCCAGCGAGACCCAGGGGCCCUGCCCCGGGCUGGACUGACCCCACAAGGGCACUCGAGCCGUCUUCCCAGAUUGCUGUGUGCGGCGCUCUCCGACCCCCUCCGUCAGCUUCCCGCAGGAGCUCUGAGGAAUUGCCGCCAGUGCCUUUCCUAAGCUGAAGGCAUUGGGAUUGAAAGGAGGGGGAAUUGCAGGGACACAGGGUUCCCUGCCCGGGGAAGAAAGGCCGGUGCCCUGCAAAGCCGACCAGCCCAGUUAGAGCCCCAGGACUCCAGCAGGCGUGGGCUCCUGUACUCCAGGUCACAGUGUGGGGUCGAGCUGUCCAUCAGGAGGUCCCGGGAGCUCUCUGGGGCCUGAGGCUCCACCGCCACUCUCCCCCCGCUCUUCCGUCCCCUCCAGGGCUGCCCGCCAGCCCACAGGCACUGCUACGGAGCAGGCGCAGGUGGGGAGCGGACAGCUUACUCUCUCCACCCUAGGGAGAUCCGAUCUGACCUGCCACAUACAGCCAUGCAGGCUGCGCACUGCACAACUGUAGGGGCAUCAAUCACAUAGACGUACUGUGAAAGGCACCCCCUGAAGUUGUGCUACGUGGCGGCCCUGGAUAUAAUUAUAACAGAGCAUGGUGCAUAAAUGCUGCAUCAGCAUGCACUGUGGGUGAGAACUGGGCCUGGUGAUAGGAAUGAAUUAUACAGAGGAAGGAUUUCCUGUAGCAGGAACAGAGCUGAUGAUGAUUAUAAUAAUAAAGAAUAACAAUCGCUGCCACUUAUUGAGUAUUUACCACGUACAGAGUGCUUACGUGGAGUGUCUCAGCGGACCCUCACAACAACCCUGUGAGGUGGGUACUAUUAUCAUCUUCAUUUUACGCUUGCAGAUAUUGAGGCCCAGAGAGGUUGAGUAACCUGCUCAAGGUCACACAGAUGGUCAGUCUCAAACUCCAGUCAGUUGCCUCCAGAGCCCCAGCUCUUAGCCGCUGUGUCUGCAUCCAUGGGAACCUUCUCCUUUAUUCCUCCCGCUGUCCCUGAGUGACGGGGCCGGAGGUAAUUCUCCCCAUUGUGCAGAUGGGGAGAUCAAGGCCCAGGCGGAGAAAGUACUGACAAGCUCUGGAGGAGGCAGCAGGGAGGGGGAGGCAGGAGGAAUUGGAAUGUUGGAGCUGAGCCGGUCCUCGGGGGUAUAUGUAUUUGUUCAAUCAACGAAGAUUUACGGAACUCCCGUGGCUAUGAGUCUAGACAGCUUACGUCACCCAUGGGAAACGGAGGCCCCGAGAGGGGAGAUGACUUUGCUGAGGUCCCAAAGCAAAUUAGGGGCAGAGUCUGGACCAGAACUCAGGACCCCUGUGUCCAGGGUCUCUUCCCACUUCCCCAGCCACUUCCUCAGCCCGAGUGGCCCCUCCAGUGAAUCCAGUCCACACCAGUCACUGCCUUCAGCCGUGUAUUGAGAGUCCAGUCAGGCAGGCCUGGGGACAGAGGAAAAGGCCCAGCGAGCACCAUGGCCCCUCUGCAGCCCGUGGCCAGGGCCGGGGUUGCGUCUGAUCAGCACCAAGGAGAGCGCCAGGCCGCAGUGGAGGGCCCCCUGGAGUCUGGGUUGAUGGAACGUGCAGGGUGGGGGGUAGGAAAAACCUCAGACUGGAAAGGAACCUACAGCAAGUAAACUCCAAGAGUCUCCCCUCAAAAAACCCAGGCCCCUGUGCCAGGGUUUGCCUGCCUGCCCAAAGGCACCACCCCACGCCAGGACAGCUCCUCUUCAACUCUUCUGACCCAAGUGGCCACCACUCCCGUUUCCCUCACUGACCCAGGGAAGGCUAGGGGAAGUGAGGCAGAGGGCUGGUUCUGACCCCAUCAGCUGGUUCCCUUCUAGAUCCAGGGAAGCCAGGGUAGAGGAACACUCAUCCCAGAUGUUGAGCAGGAAACCACCAGCAGCCCCCUUGCCCCCGGGAGAGGCAGUGCAGCAGCCCCGGAGCUGGGAUGGGGCCGCCCCGUAUUAAAGCAAGGAGUGGGGGAGCCAGGGUCAGGUGAUGGGAGUCUCGGCCGGGGCUGGAGAGGAGGAGGAAGAUGGAAAAGGCAGUGGAACAAAGAGCCCUUCCUGGCCCGCGGCCAUAGGCCAGGGGGCUGGAUGGCCCGGAGUUACAACAAGAGCAGGUACCACCUACUGGCCACCUGCCAGGUGCUGGGCCUUCCACACGCUGUCCUCUUUCUCAUGACACCCAACAAGGCAGGCAUCGUUACCCCAUUUUGUGUGUGGAAUACUGGGCUCAGAGAGGUUAAGUAACCUGUGCAAGGGCCAGGAAGUAGGGGAGCAGAGACUCAAAUUUGCCUGCCUGACUCCCAGGCUCAGGUGUGUUUCUGCACAGCCACAUACAUCCCGAGGGGCUGGCCGGUCCACAGACUCCAGCAAAUCAUCCUCAGGGUUAAAGGUCCUCCAAGCCAGCACAUCUCAACUAUAAUGUGCACGCCAGUCACCUGGGGAUCUUGCUAACACACAGAUUCUGACUCGGCAGGCCUGGGGUGGGGCAAAGGUGUGCACAAACUCCCAGGGAUGCUGAUGCUGAUGGCCCGUGAACUGCACUUGGAGGAGCGAGGGAGUCAGCCCUGCAUGAAUCCAUCUGUGCAGACAGAGGCGUUCCUCCCCCGCGGUCUGAUAGACUAUGCAACGGAGAUGACUGUCUUCAUCCUAAUCUGCACCAAGAGGUCCUUUUCACCGCUCCCAGAGUCCUCCAACCGCCCUCCUCACACACCCACAAGUUGCACUCGGCAAUGGAGCAUCCUGGAGAAAACCGUUUCUGAGCCAGCCCCUCUACGUACGGGACCUGGAGUGGGCAGUGGGGGCUGGUUCAGUGCACCCCACUGGAGCUCAGAGGGCUCCCAGGAGACCUGCAGCCUCCUGGCCUAGCCAAGAGCUGGUCCAAGGCCUCAGGGUCUUGGUUCCAUCCACUCCAACUCCCCGCCGACCAGCUCCAAGCCUGGAUCAGUUAGUGGGGGUACCAAGCGGACGCAGCCGCAGCUCGGGCUCCACAGGAUCCAUGUUGAAGAAGCUGACCGUGGCAGUGGCCCUGGCAGGUGGCAGGGGGUCCCGGGCGGCCUCUCCAGGCAGCAGCAGCUGGGCCCUGAGCUGCAGGCCUGAGGAGCCCCCCGAGCCUGAGUCAGAGUCCGAGCCCGGGGGCCGGGGCAGUGGUAGAACAUGCUGCAGGCUCAGGCCUGGCCGGGGGCCACUGUGAGAGGUUCGCAUGGAGGGUGAGGCAAGGCUGGCCUGGUGCUCCCGGGGGCAGCGGGGACACGGCAGGAACCGGCCCAGGGCCCGCUUGAAGUCCCGCAUGAAGAGCGGGUAGAUGAUGGGGUUCAUGGUGCUGUUACAGUAUCCCAGCCACGUGAGGAUGUCGAAGAGGCCUGGGGAAAUGCAGCCGCACACGGCCUGGAGGGAUGGGGUGUGUCAUGCCUGGUCCGGAGCAGGGACGCAGACCACCCCACCCAGCAUGGAUGGGACAGACACACACAAACUCAUCCACCACGAGAGGCAGCCCGACCUCCUCCCUCCCCGCAUCUCCCUCCCUGCAUCUCCCUCCGUGUUGGAGCUGGGGUGGGGUUCGGGGCCUCCCCAGCAAGGCCUGGACUCCCCUGCCCCCUACGGUGGCAUUACCUGGACUAUGUUGGCCACAAAGAAGGGCAGCCACGUCACAAAGAACAUGCCCAGCAGGAUGCCCAGAGUUAAGCUGGCCUUCAAGGCCUUCCUGCUGUGCUUGGUGGCCAGACGCCUGCUGUCAGCCGACUCCGCCCCUGGGCGUGGGGUCCUGGGUACCUGCAGAAAGGAGGGUCACAUGAGUCAGGUGAGAAAGAGCCCCAGUCUGACCCUGAGCCUGGCCACACACUGAGCCUUGAUCCUAAUUCUAGACUGAGCCCUAGUACCAGCAAUAAACUGAGCCCUGAUCCUUGGCUGAGCCCCAACUGUAGUCCCAGACUGAGGCCUGACUCUGACUCCAGACUGAACCUCGACCCUGGCUCCAGACCAAGCCCUGACAUCAGCAGUAAACCAAGCUCUGCUCAUGGUCCCAGACUGAGCCCUGAUCCCUACCAUAAAUUGAGCUCUGUGUAACCAGGGUCUCAAACUGAGCCUCAACCCUGGACCAGACUGAGCCCAACCUUAGCCCCAGACUGAGCCCUGACCCAGAAAUAGACUGAGCCCUGAUCCUGGUCCUGCACUGAGCCCUGACCCUAACCCAACACUUCACAAGGGGCUCUAGGAAGUGCAGCGAGACAGAGCAACACAAAUCAAACAGUUCAGAAGACCUACCCUCCUGCCAAGGACAGCCCUCAACACGGCCGACACACAUGACCACGGGCCCCGGCACCUCCCAAAGCUUUUGGAGCUACAAGAAUUACUUGCAAUUGAACAGUGCUUGACAAAAGAGGCCCCGUUGCCAUCCAGAGCUUGGCAAUCUCUGUGUAUAUGGAUUCUCUUCGUAUUUUGGAGUAAUGGUUUUGCCUGUGCCAUUACCCUCAUGCUCCACAAAAUAAA